UGCACCCAAUUGUAAAAGUAACUUUCGUCGUCACCUAAAAAUAAAAAGUCACGGAAAUCGAAAAAUCAUCAUCAUCCCAACCACCAUCAAUCCGUUAAUUCACGAUUCAAACCCUAACCCCGCAGUUACAAGUUUCUAUCACUGUCACUAUUCUCAAGUUUCAAUCCAUUUCUUCGAAUCCAUACAUUUUCCACUAAAAAAAUUAAAUUGAAUAAUCGCAGCAGCAUGUUAGGGUUUCGAAAAGCCAAUCUCCGGAGGAACUCGAAACCCUAGAUUUCACGAAUCCAUGUCAGCUUGAUCUUGCUACUGCCGUCAAUGGCGAUCAUCGGCGACGCGCUUCGUCAGGCCUUCAUGCCGAAGCGCGAGUACGAGAGCCUCAGGGAAGAAGACAAAGCGUGGGGCAAGCUUCAAAGACCGGUGACCCUGUUUUUCGUGGCUCUCAUAUGGCUCGCAAUCCUCGUGUCGACCCUUAUCAGUUUGAAAAUCGUGUUUCCGAGUAGCGAUGGGAGAAGAGCAUUCUGCGUCUAUCGAAAGCUUCAAUCCAUACAGAUAGGUGCCAAAGGGGAUUCUGAUUCGGAUCUGUUUCCCGGUGCUUUCUAUCUCACGGACCAGGAGAUUGCUGAUUAUUACUGGCUGGUUGUGUUCAUUCCUUCAAUGAUCGUUUUCGCAUUCUCGGUUGUGUAUCUCAUUGCUGGUAUGACUGUUGCUUAUUCUGCUCCAACAAGGCAUGGAUGCUUGAAGGUGGUUGAAAAUAAUUUUUGUGCUUCAAGACGAGGUGGUGUUCGCUGUCUUUCCAUCUUGAACCUUAUCUUUGCUAUCAUCUUUGGUCUGCUUGCCUUGUUUCUUGGUUCAAGCCUCUUGACAUUGGAGAGCAACUGCUCUAAACCUCUGUUUUGGUGCUAUGAAAUUGCAUCGUGGGGACUGGUUGUACUAUUUGUUGGCACUGCCAUCUUCUUGAGGAGAAAGGCAGCCACGAUUCUUGAUGAGGGAAAUUUUAGUGGUCGAAAUACAGGGCUGGAAAUGCUGGAAACGAAUCCCCUGGAAGUCACACCAGAGGUGGAAAGGCGUGUUAAUGAAGGGUUUAAAGCAUGGAUGGGUCCAUCCCUUCUUUCUUCUGAUGAAGAAGAUGAACCUGACACCUAUGAAUAUGAUGAGGCACCUCAUUCAACACUUACUAACUCAAACAGGCAAAGACUUUGAACUCAAUAAAUUCAGUGUUAAGAACAUCCCAUCAUCCUUUCCAGCCUUCAUGCCUUGAAGAAUGCUGUGACGGUAUGGAAAUCAGUUUUGGACAAAAAUGGUUUCACAUGUAUCAUAUGACAAAAACAAAUGUUGAUUAAAGGAGUAUGGAUUUGAUGCUAUCGUUUGAACUACGAUUUCAUCUGGUUCAGUAGGACCAAACAAAUGUUGAUUAAAGGCUCCGAACUACGAUUCAACUCGUACUAACUCAAACAAAUGUUCAGUAGGUAUUCUGUGUGUAGUUUAGUUUGUGAAUAAUCCUUAA